AUGGCUCCUGUCGUAGUACUUGUUCUGAUCGCGGUGGUAGCCGGCGGUGCGGCGGCGGCGGUGCGUGGCCACCCCGGUGACGGCACUCCGGCGGCGCGGUUCUGGGAGGCAGCCCUCCCCGGCUCACCGAUGCCAGAGGCCAUUGCCGACCUCGUCCAGAAAGGCACCGAUCAUUCGCCGCUCGCGGAGCACCGUUCUGCCGCCAUGUUUCUGCCCAACGCGUGCCUUGGAUACAAGUACGACAUCCAGUGCGGCAAGCCGCCUCCGGCGAGCACAGAGGCCGCACCGGCGGUGGAGGGCAUCUUCUUCCGCGAGGCCGCCAUGCGCGUGGGCAGCACGAUGACGGUCGCCCUUCCGGCGGCCGUGCCGGCUGCGUUCCUCCCGCGAGACGUCGCCGACAGGAUCCCCUUCGGCAACCUGACGGACGCCCUCGCCACGUUCAACAUUGCGCCGGGCUCCCAGGAGGCGGACCAGCUGAGCGACACCGUGCGCGAGUGCGCCGCGCCGCCGCUCGCCGGCGAGCGGAAGGCGUGCGCCACGUCGCUGGAGGGCGUCGUGCUGAGCGCAACGCGCAUGCUGGGCACGCGCCGGGUGGCCGCAGCGGCGUCGGCGCUCCCGAGCACCGGCCUGCCACGCGCCGCGUAUGUGGUGCAGGCGACCAGCCCGCUCGGCGGCUCGCGCUUCGUGGCCUGCCACAGCAGGCCUUACCCGUAUGCCGUUUACCAGUGCCACAUGACGGAGCGGUCGUCCAAGGCGUACGUCGUCUCCAUCCGCGGCGGCAUGCCUGGGGACACGACGAUGGGCAUGGCGGCGCUCUGCCAUUUCGACACCUCCAAUUGGAACCCAGCUCACCCGGCAUUCAAGAUCCUGCGCACCCACCCCGGAGGCUCGCCCGUGUGCCACUUCCUGCCGUACGCCGACCUGCUGUUCGGCGAGAAGGCGGCUAAUGCGUAG